GAAGAAGUCAAUAAAGUAUUGGAUGAAGUUCUUAGAGGUAAACUUGAUCAAUUACCAAAUGUUCUUCCUACGCUACCAAAUACAAUUGCAACAGCUGAAGUUGAUAGUGAAGAAGAUGAGAUGGAAAAACGUUUACAAGCAUUACGAAGUUGA